CGAAGAAAUCCAAUAGUUAAAGGACGAAAGUGUAAAUUAUAAAAUGGAAAGGUUGGCGUUGGCGGCAGAAUCGGCCAUGACAGGUAAGCUCAAGAUGGCAAUGGCAAAAAAUCGACCUGGUACAUCCCUCUUUCUUCUUGCUUCAUGUAUAUAUAUACGCGGGACGCAAACACGCACAAAACGUACUCGAAACCCUAAAUCGCCAUGAGUCUCUUUGGCCUCGGCAGCAGAAAUCAGAAGACUUUUCGACCAAAAAAGAGCGCUCCAUCAGGAAGUAAGGGUGCACAACUUAAAAAACACAUAGAUGCAACUUUGGGUAGUGGAAAUUUGCGUGAAGCUGUUCGCCUACCCCCUGGAGAAGAUCUCAACGAAUGGCUCGCAAUAAAUGCUGUUGAUUUCUUUAAUCAAGUGAAUCUCCUUUAUGGCACUCUUACUGAAUUCUGCACACCAUCAACAUGUCCAACAAUGACAGCUGGAGCAAAAUAUGAGUACAGGUGGGCGGAUGGAGUUACUAUUAAGAAACCCAUAGAAGUAUCUGCUCCUAAAUACGUGGAGUAUUUAAUGGAAUGGAUCGAAACUCAACUUGAUAACGAAUCAAUAUUCCCUCAAAGACUUGGUGCUCCAUUUCCUCACUAUUUCCUGGAUGUGGUGAAGACGGUGUUCAAGCGGUUGUUUAGGGUUUAUGCUCAUAUCUAUCAUUCGCAUUUUCAGAUGAUUAUGAGUUUGAAAGAAGAAGCUCAUCUUAAUACGUGUUUCAAGCAUUUUGUCCUCUUCACAUGGGAAUUUCGGUUGAUUGAUCAGGACACAUCACCAUCUUCUUGUGGGGUCAAUUUUGUUUGGGAUUUUUAGAGCAUUUGCAAAGGUUUAAGAAAUGGACUCCAAAUUUCCCCCAUAAUGGGUCCAUGGCUAAGGUGGCAUACUGGCAUAGACAGCUUUUUUCAUGGGCUCACUUCGAACUCGAAAAUUGACUCCGCCACUUGUAUAAUUUUUAUUUAAAUAUUUACUAUAAUCCAUUGCGUUUACAUAUGAAAAAAUGUAAAUUGAUAAAACGCACCAUUAAAAUAUUCUCAUGAACACAUUCAGUAUGAACAUGUUUUCUCUAAAAUUUUAUGAAUUUUAUUUAUGGUUUUAUGAAAAAGGUCAAUAUCGAGUAUGUUUGGUCAAUAAAUAUAAUAAAAAGUCUCGGCAUUUAAUUUAAUAUAAAUUUGUUUGGC